GCAUGGCCUCCGCGGCUCCCAGCCUCUUCUAGGAUAGGUAUAGCGGCGCCGGCGGGCCGCUGCGACCCCGGGAGGCGCGAAAGAAGCCGCUUUCCGACACUUCAGCGAUGGCGCUUCGGCCGCGGUUGUGGGCGUUGUUGUCUGUCUGCAGGAACCCCGAGCGUGGGUGUGCGGCCCUCUCAACCUGUUCCCAGCCGGCGAGGAAUCCUGAAGUGGACCCUGUGCAUAACGAAGCUGUUGCCCCUGAGUUCACAAACCGGAAUCCCCGGAACCUGGAGCUCUUGGCAGUCGCGAGGAAAGAACGAGGUUGGGGAACAGUGUGGCCCUCUCGGGAGUUCUGGCACAGAUUGCGAGUUAUAAGGACUCAGCAUCAUGUCGAAGCAUUUGUUGAGCAUCGAAAUGGCAAGAUUGUGGUUUCGGCAUCCACUCGUGAAUGGGCUAUCAAAAAGCACCUGUAUCGGACCACCAAUGUGGUGGCCUGUGAGAGUGUAGGGAAGAUACUAGCAGAGCGGUGCUUACGGGCGGGAAUCAAUUUCAUGGUCUACCAGCCCACCCCUUGGGAGGCAGCCUCCGACUCGAUCCAGCGACUGCAAAAUGCUAUGACAGAAGGCGGUGUGACGCUAGAGGAGCCUCGAAGGAUCUACCAGUAGAAAAGACACCGUCAUUGUUUUGAACUCGUGAGAAAACAGGGCAUGCGCCCAUCAGAAGAAAGCAUCGAGAACACCCCCAGCGUGGAAGUUUUAUGACAUGAAGUCAUGUAACGCUGGGAUGUUGUUUAAAAUAAAGCUCCACUCCCCUCA